GUCAAUAAUAUGAAAAUGUCAAAUGAUAACCUCUCAGGCUAGAAAAAUAUGUUGAAAUAAUCAUCAAAACAAUGAUAUUGUAGUGAAUAUUAAAUAUAAUAAUACUACUAACGCCACUCGAGAUGGGUGCUUUAGUAGCAAAGGCUCUAAGGCCUGUUAAAGCUUUCAAUAUAGAGAACCGAGCUCAUAAGAUAAUUUCGAAAGAAAAACCGAAAGCGGCACCCACAUACCCUUCAACGUUCGAAGAAUUAAAGAGAGUUAAAGAAGCUGACCCCGAAAUUGACAAAAAACUGGAUACAAAGGAUCCGGGGCUUGAUGAUAGGCUAAGGAAUGUUUAUGUAACUUCGCACGGCCGUCCUGAAGACGAUAUUACUAGGGAAAAGAGAAAACAAAGUGAGGAUCGUCCACUACCUAGCUUUCGUGGUCAAGUUCCUGACUUUGACUUUGGUCUGAAAGAACCAGAGAAGAUUCCGUAUGGAAGGACUACGUUACGGCAAGCUAUAGAUUAUAUAUCAUCACAUCAGAUAAACCCUACAGAGGUGACAGCCGCUAAAAUAGCUUUCGAAUACAAUUUAAAAGAAGAAGAUGUAGUAAAUAUAUUAAAGUAUUUCAAAACUUUUGAAGUUUAUUUGCCAGCGACUAGAACAACGCCAGCCAUGUUUGCUGGUCCCACACAAUUAAGACAGAAACUUUAUAAGAACAAGGUGCCGGAGAUUGAAAAUAAGAAAGAUGUUGAAGAAAAUAAAAAAGCAAAAGUGGAAAAUGUCUGAUAGUUUUGUAAACGGUGAUGUUUUAAAUGCAUCACACCACAAACUCAGAUGUAAUUACUUCCCGAGCAUAAAACACAGCUUUAGCCGAUAGCUAACAAGAUGUUACUAAACGUCUAUAGAAAAUGUUAUUUCUUAAUAUUAUGACUAUUAAAAAUUAUAUAUUAUCCUCAUAGUAAACUUCCACUAAACUGUUGCUUAGAGAUAAUAUUUUAAUGUGAUUUAGUUGUAGCUAUUAAAGAGUUUUGUUUUAUAAA